UCCAAGUAGUUACAGUUUGGAUCAAACGCACGCAGGCGGCUCGGCUCGCGGCGGAUUUCGCGACAGAAUUUUCGAGCGCGAUUUGUAUGUCAAAAUUCGAAUUCCAUUUUUGGAACGCUGACCGCCGAUAGAUAAAAAAAAAGUACUUGUUUAGAUAAAUAAGGAAGACUGAAUAAGUAUAAUUAUUGCAAAGUGAUGAGAUUUGACUGUGAUUAAAUAAUUAGUAACAGGGUACUUGAAUUGGCGCUAUGGCUUUCGAUGCGAAGACAAAAGAUAGAGACGAAAAAGCUUCAGAUGCAACACUUAAAGGAGGAAACGACUUAAUCGCUACGAAUGAAAUGAAAAAUAAUUUUAUAAAAAACAAAAUGGAAAAAAUGCCCGUCGAUAAAGCUGAUUCCCCAGAAGAUGACUGGAGUGGUCUUAAUUUUUUCCAAAAAGCUAGACGGAUGAUGUCUUUGAUAACAGUUGAACCGAUAUUGGCUUGUUAUGUUAUGCCUUCCGUUCUGUCAGCACUCGCAACACAGAAUUUAUAUUUAGAAAAAGCGUGUAGAGUUAAUUUAGGUUUUGAACACCACGUUUGCGAUGCUCUCACUAAAAGAGCAACAGCGAAUUACACGUUGGAAGAAGAAGCUGUACAAACACUUGUAGCCUCUGUAGCAGGCUGGAAAACUGUUCUACAAUCGUUUCUGCCAUGUGGAAUAUUAAUAUUUUUGGGAGCGUAUAGUGACAGAGUCGGCCAGAGAAAAUUUUGUAUGUUACUACCUAUUAUUGGAGAAUUUCUAACAAGCAUAGGUCUCAUUGUGAAUACUUAUUUUUUCUACGAAUUGCCGGUCGAAGUGGCAGCGGUGACGGAAGCUAUAUUCCCGGCAUUGACAGGCGGGUGGUUUACUAUGUUUAUGGGAGUGUUUAGUUAUAUAGCUGAUGUGACGACUGAUGAGCAAAGAACGUUACGGAUAGGCAUAGUGAACUUAUUUUACUCCUUAGGGGUGCCCGUUGGAGCCGCUCUCAGUGGAAUUUUAGUGCGGAAAAUAGGCUUAUAUGGUGUUUUUUCUUUAAGUGCUACGUUAUAUAUUCUGAGUUUCAUCUAUGGUUUCUACAGGAUAAAAGAAGUCAAGCGGACCGAUUUGAAUGUGAAACCAGCAAAGAACUGUUGGGCAUGGCUAAAAGAUUUCUUCGAUACGAAAUACGUGAAGGAUACCAUGAUGGUCGCAUUCAAGCCUGGGCCCAAUAACAGAAGGCUUCGUGUUAUUAUGUUGGUCGUCGUACUAUGUGUAGUUAUCGGUCCUAUUUAUGGUGAAAUGUCAGUGAUGUACCUGUUUACAAGAUAUAGGUUCAACUGGAACGAGGUGGAUUUCAGCAUGUUCUCUACUUACGCCAUGUGUACUUCAUUAGUCGGAACUCUCUUUUCGGUGGGAGUAUUUAGCCAUGUUUUGAAGUUUGAUGAUGCAAUCAUUGGUGUUAUAUCUUGCACCAGUAAGAUAUUGUCAGGUUUCAUGUAUGCUUUUGCUACGAAAACUUGGCAUAUUUACAUUGCACCCCUCAUUGAAAUAUUUAACGGAACUUCAUUCAUAGCUAUGAGGUCAAUGGUUUCAAAGUUGGUGGAAAGGGAUGAGCUGGGUAAAGUGAACUCUUUCUUCGGCUUGGCUGAAGCAAUGAUGCCCUUAGUGUACGCGCCGAUGUACACUACAGUAUAUACGGCGACUCUGAAAACAUUCCCCGGAGCAUUCUUCCUUUUAGGAGGCGGUCUUACCGUACCUGCAGUACUUAUAUUUUUAUGGCUAUAUUUGGCAAACAAAAAGUACGUCGCAACAGAACAGGCAAAUGACACUGAAAAAGACACGAAAAUUGAAGAAAAAUCAGAAAAGAGUGGGCUGGAAAAUAAAGCAUUUGAAAGCGAUGAGAAAGAAAAAAAUAAUAUUGACUCUGGCAACAUAGCAGACACAGAUAAUGUUGCCAGUCAAUCACAAAUAGAAAUAGGUUUUACUGAAAGUAUGCUAUGUACUAGUAAGUUGUAGAAUCUAAGCUUAAAUCAAGACAUAAAUUAAGUAUGUAGAUGUAGUAUAGUGAAAUUGAGUACUUCUGUGAUAUAGUAAUUAUAAUUUAAGAGUAACAAUAACUAAUUAUUUAUGCCCCAUGUGACAACUGACAACGUUCGUACGACACUAUUAAUAAUUUUGAUUAAUUAUUAUCAACCAUAAGUUUGUUUCGACUUAUAUGUAACUAUUUAGUUAUGACGUGUGCAAUAAAUAUUAUAGUUACCUCAAUCUGACCUCCAAAAUAGAAAAUUGAAGUUAUCUUAAAGGAGAAAAC